ACGAAGGAUGUCGUCCGUUGAUUGGAAGAGUUUCGCAACUGGGCGUGGUCUAGUAGGGAAGGUUUGGGGGAUUCUAGUCUCUACAGGUGUGCAGGAAUUUGCUGGGAUUUCUUCAUGUUAGCAGAUGUCUGGACCUAAAAAGGAAACUGAAGAGUUAUAGUGCUCAGUAGGACGGCUGCAAGGCUCCCAGUAUGGCCACACGACUGAGGCCGGCCCUUAAGAAAUGCACCGUGAUAGGUGGCUCAGGGUUCCUGGGUCAGCACCUGGUGGAACGCCUGCUGGAGAAAGGCUACUCGGUCAAUGUGUUCGAUAUCCGGAAGGGCUUUGAGAAUGACCAGGUGCAGUUCUUCUUGGGAGAUCUCUGCAGCAAAGAGGAUUUGCUUCCGGCUUUACAAGGGGUAACUGUGGUAUUUCACUGUGCAUCGCCAGCCCCUUCCAGCAACAACCGAGAGCUUUUCUACAAGGUCAAUUACUUGGGAACAAAAGCAGUCAUUGAGGCUUGCAAAGAAGCAGGUGUCCAGAAACUGGUGUUGACCAGCAGUGCCAGCGUCGUCUUUGAGGGCACUGACAUCAAGAAUGGAACUGAAGAUCUUCCGUACGCAAAGAAGCCAAUUGACUACUAUACAGAAACCAAGAUUCUGCAGGAGAAGGAAGUGCUGAGUGCCAAUGAUCCAGAGAGGAAUUUCUUCACCGCAGCUAUUCGCCCCCACGGCAUCUUUGGACCCCGGGAUCCCCAGCUGGUUCCCAUCCUUGUCCAGGCAGCUCGGAGUGGCAAGAUGAAGUUCAUGAUUGGGGAUGGAAAGAACUUGGUGGAUUUUACCUUUGUGGAAAACGUGGUUCAUGGACACAUACUGGCUGCAGAGCAACUUCAGAAAGACUCUCCCCUCUGUGGAAAGGCAUUCCACAUUACGAACGAUGAGCCCAUCCCCUUCUGGGAGUUCAUGUCUCGGAUCCUGACAGGCCUUGAGCCACUUAUGGCUCCCAAGUACCACAUCCCCUACUGGCUGGACAUUACCUGGCUUUCAGUCUUCCUCAUCCCUCUUAUUGUGUUAGACAAGGAGUCCCCUUUGUCAGCAAUCAACUCCCACUUCUGCCCCCCCCACAUGCGGGUGGCGCUUGCUGGCACGUUCCACUACUACAGCUGUGAGCGAGCCAAGAGGGACAUGGGCUACAAGCCCCUGGUCAGCCUAGAUGAAGCUGUGGUGAAGACUAUCCAGAGUUACCCGCACCUCUACCGUGCCAAGUAGCUACCAAAAGCCUAAGAGUGCAUCAACAGAAUAUCACCCCUCUGGGCUCUUGCCUUUUCCUCUGGCGCGUACUUUGGAGGCCACUAUCUGGGAUGACUUUACACCAUGAAAUGCCUCUGAUUGAUUCGCUGUGACCAGCAUCUCUCAAACCAUGAGAGGUUGGAUUGACCAACUACCAACUUUCCUUCCACGUCUACAUGUUUCCCUGCUCUAAGAGGGCGGGAAAGCACAUGGGAGGCAUGUUUUUCUUCCUAUAGUUUCCCU